AUGCAGGCGAGUGCCUUGCUCAUGGCAUGGCGAGUACUGGGCUUGCUGUUGAUCUGCAGCAGCCUGGGUGAGCGAAACCAGACACCCAACCUGCAGGACAUACCUCACCUGCAACUGGUGCAAAGGCAACUGAUCCUCCUGAAGUCCACUCCAAAGAACCGAACCUGGGACGAGGCCAAACAGAAGGCUGCAGAGGUGGUAGCCCAGCUGACUGUCCCCGAGCUAAACGACCUGCUCAGAGGCUCUCAUUUUGCGAUGUCCGGUUCGCCAGACGUGGGCUACUACGUGGGCAAUAUCGCUUCCAUACCUCGGCUUCAGAUCCCAGCCUUGAAGAUGCAGGAUGCAGCACAAGGCUUUCGUCCCACGGAGCCGAAUACGGGUGGCACCACAACGGCCUAUCCAUGCAUGCUGGCUUUGGCAUCAACGUGGGAUGAGGAUUUGGUGAAUCUGGUUGCGGCCGCCAUUGGGACAGAGUUCAAGGGCAAAGGUGCCAACGUGAUUCUGGGGCCCUCGGUGAAUGUUCACCGUGUUGCAGCUGGUGGCCGGAAUUUUGAAUACCUCUCUGGCGAGGACCCACACUUGGGCUUUCGCCUCACAGCUGCUUAUGUGAAGGGAGUGCAGGAGCAGGGAGUGAUGGCUGUGGCAAAGCAUUUUGCGUUCAAUGAGCAGGAGACCCAUCGGAUGACCAUGGAUGCGAAAGCCUCCGAACGAACCGCGAUGGAGCUCUACUUUGCUCCUUUCAGGGGCGCGGUGUCCGCAGGGGUUGGCUCCUUCAUGUGUGCUUACAACAAAGUGAAUGGAACCUACUCGUGCCAAAAUGCCGAACUCCUAAAGAAAGACUUGCGUGGCUUGAUGGAUUUCCAGGGCUUUGUGAUGUCAGACUGGUUAGCAACGCACACGCCGGACGCUUUGGCAGCUGGUAUGGACCAGGAACAACCUGGUAUUAUUCAGUUGCCCCUGGGAGCGAAGUCGGCCGUCCUUACGGACAAGGAGCUCAACAAAGUGGACAAGCAUAUUCGAGAAGCUGCAGCUUCACACGUUCUCACAGCCGUGUACCGUAUGGGCCUUGAUCGCGAACCUGGUUGCACGCCGCCAAAUUGUACACAGGAGUUGGUCUCUGACCAGACCAAAGCCACGACCCGUGGACAGCGGCAUGAAGAGAUCGCGUUUCAUGCUGCAGCGUCUUCGGUAGUCUUGAUGAAAAACAAUGGGCUGCUGCCACUGACCAAAGACAAAGUUCGAAGGAUCGCAGUGCUGGGGGAAGCGGCCGUCGAUGAAACUCACAGGACCUAUGUCGGGAAAGGUUCUGGCUAUGUACAGCCGGACUCAUCGGCCAAGACCCCCUUGGCUGCCAUUGAGGAGAGGGCGGCCAAAGAAAACAUCGAAAUCAUCAGACCAGAUAGCCACACUCCAGAAGAAGCGAAGUCAUUGGGUGGCACUGUCGAUGCCAUCAUCGUUGUGGUUGGUGUAGAUGCCAGUGAAGGUUCUGAUCGCACCAGCCUUGACUUGGGGCACAAGAGUGACCACUUGGUGAAAGCCGCAGCUUCGAAAGCACCAACCAUUGUGCUUCUGCAGAUUCCCGGUGCAGUGUUAAUGCCUUGGAAGGGAGAGGUUGGAGCUAUUGCGGGCAUUUUCAUGGGAGGUGUGGCGACAGGCGCCGCUUGGGCCAGCGUGCUGUUUGGAGACAAACUCCCAACAGGAAGGCUUCCUCUUAUGAUGCCUGAGACCAUCAAUGAUACGAUUCAGAUUGGGGAGAAUCGCGAAGUGGACUACUCUGAGGGGCUGCUGACAUCUUAUCGGUCUCCUUCUUUCAAGGCGGCCUUCCCCUUUGGACAUGGAUUGACAUACACCACUUUCGAGUUCUCUGGCGCUCAGCAGACACGAGAAGGCUGUCAAGCAGCUGCGUGCGUGGAGGUCACUGUGACCAACAGUGGAAAGACAGCCGGUGAGGAGGUCGUGCAGGCAUAUUUGCAUUUUCCCGAGCCAAGUGGAGGAGAUGAGAAAUGGGUCAAAUCCACUCCUGCCAAAGUGCUGAAAGGAUUUCAUCGCACCCAGGAACUGAAGCCCGGCCAGACUGAGACCGUGCUCUUCAACUUUGCGCCGGAGGACUUCACGCUAUUCUCUUCUGAGCGUGGAUGGGUGGAACAAUCCAAAGUGACCGUCCAUCUGGGGGCCUCGAGUGAGGACAUUCGUCAAAGCCUUCCUGUGGAGCCUCUCAGUUGA